AUGGAAGUUCAUCCUUCAUACGGCCUUGCCAAUCCAUGUGGGACGGGUUUAGCUCCAUGGUCAGAACAUUUCUCUUGCCAGCUAUACUCUUUCCUUCUAAAUUAUAUCAUCAUUACUAAGGCAUUCAUUUUGUAUCACUGUGUUUUUCCUUUUGAUUUUGGUUUAUCAGUUGUAAGUACACUUAUCAUUUUCUUACAGGUGGGUCUGCCUGGGACAGGUAAGACACUUUUAGCAAAGGCUGUUGCUGGGGAAGCUGAGGUACCCUUCAUUAGUUGUUCAGCCAGCGAGUUUGUAGAACUUUAUGUCGGUAUGGGAGCGUCCCGUGUCAGGGACCUUUUUGCUCGAGCAAAGAAAGAAGCACCAUCAAUAAUAUUUAUAGAUGAGAUAGAUGCUGUAGCAAAAAGCCGUGAUGGUAGAUUUCGCAUUGUCAGCAAUGAUGAGAGAGAACAAACAUUGAAUCAAUUGCUCACAGAAAUGGAUGGAUUUGACAGUAACUCAGCCGUGAUAGUUCUAGGAGCAACUAACCGGUCAGAUGUCUUGGAUCCAGCGCUUAGGCGGCCUGGGAGGUUUGAUCGUGUGGUUAUGGUGGAAGCACCUGAUAGGACUGGAAGAGAAGCCAUUUUGAAAGUUCAUAUUACUAGGAAAGAGCUUCCUCUUGCAGAGGAUGUUGAUAUUGGUGAUAUUGCUUGUAUGACAACUGGUUUCACUGGGGCAGACCUUGCAAACCUGGUAAACGAAGCUGCUCUGUUGGCUGGAAGACAAUCAAAACUGGUUGUGGAGAAAAUUGAUUUUAUUCAAGCUGUCGAGAGGUCAAUAGCGGGAAUUGAAAAGAAGACUGCAAAGUUACAGGGUGGUGAAAAGGCUGUAGUUGCUCGACAUGAAGCUGGUCAUGCAGUGGUUGGAACUGCUGUUGCAAAUCUUCUUUCAGGACAGCCGCGGGUGGAGAAGCUGAGCAUUUUGCCAAGAUCUGGAGGGGCCUUAGGGUUUACAUAUAUUCCUCCAACCAAUGAGGACAGAUAUUUGCUCUUCAUUGAUGAGUUACGGGGACGUUUGGUUACUCUUCUUGGUGGACGUGCAGCUGAAGAGGUAAUAUACUCGGGACGUGUAUCUACUGGUGCACUUGAUGACAUACGGCGAGCAACUGACAUGGCUUACAAGGCAGUUGCUGAAUAUGGUCUGAAUGAGACCAUAGGUCCUGUUUCAUUGGCAACUCUUUCUGGUGGUGGAAUUGAAGAUGCUGGGUCCAUGCCUUGGGGAAGGGAUCAGGGGCAUCUUGUUGGACUUGUCCAAAGAGAGGUUAAAACACUGCUGCAAUCUGCUCUCGAAGUGGCACUCUCAGUUGUGCGUGCCAAUCCUACCGUUCUGGAGGGACUAGGGGCCAAGUUGGAAGAAAAGGAAAAAGUGGAAGGUGAAGAGCUGCAAGAAUUGUUGAAAUUAGUUGUUGCGCCAGCAGAGCUCACAUACUUUGUUAGGGGCAAGCAAGGGUCACUUCUUCCACUGCAAACAGGUCCUCGAUGACAAAAGUUGCUAAAUCGUGGUCCCUGUAUUUGGUUCAUGAUUUAAUUGAUCCAUUCUCCCAUCUCGAGCAGAUGAAAGGGUAGGACUUAGUUUGGUUGGAGUUAACUUGCCUGCGCAACCUCAUAUAUUUCCAUAAGGUAAUUGGUUUCGCUUUAGUUUCCACCCCUGGCCUCCAUAAUUGUACCCUUUGAUAGCUUGUGCAGAAGGCAACCGUGAGAUAUCUGACUAUACCAGGACGGCAGACUGCUCGUGUGUCCUGUAUCUAUGGGUUGAGAGAAAAGUGGCACAUGAUUGUCGUGGCAACUUUGUUUAGUUUCUGUUGUACAUGCAGCUUUGUUUAAUAAGUACUCGACAACUCUUAACUAAUGAUACCAAUGUAUAUGAUGUUGAUUCCCCAAGCCAUAGGAUUGUUCCACAUCAUCCUAGUAAUAUUUGAGCAGAACAAGGUGGUGUAGUCAGCAAUCUGGGAAUAGUUCCUGUAACUGUAAUUUGAUUAUACUUGUUAGUGCACAAAGUUAAUGAAUCAGUCAAUAAAGCUUACUGCGCUUUGUUCUACUUUG